ACCCAACGGAUGGAGAAGAUGAUCUCUCUGUCAUCAGUGAUGCAUCAUGGGUACCAGGAGACCAGAUGUCUGAGGAGGAUGAGGAGGUGUUGUGUGAGGAGCCAUCUCAAACUUGUGACCCCCACCAAAAUGGCAUUGACAAAUUCAUUGUUUGCCAAGAGGAGCUCAUGGCCCUGUUUGCCAUCUGUCCGGCCUGUUGUGAGAAGUCAGAUAGUAGAAUCGUGCAGCAGGAAGGAACAUUUGUUAAAAUAGAGCAGGUCUGUGCAUGUGGCUACCAGCGUUUCUGGCAAAACCAGCCGAUCCUAAACAGGAAUAUGCCAACCUGUAACCUCCUUUUAAGCGGGGCCAUCCAUUUCUCUGGAUGUUUGGCCACCCAGACAUUACGGAUGAUGACCCUGUUUGGCCUUCAGUGCAUCAGCGCAAGCACUUUCUUUCGCCAUCAGCGCCGUUACACCAUCCCCGUCAUCAUUCAGGCCUGGCAGAACGAGCAGGCCAAGAAUUUUAGUGACCUCAAGGCAAUGGAUGGAGGCCUAGUUGUUGCUGGUGACUGCAGGUCAGAUUCUCCAGGGCACUGUGCAAAGUACGGCUCCUACACAUUGAUAGAGGACAGAGUAAACAAGGUGGUUGAUGUUCAGCUUGUUCAGAGCUCAGAGGUCCCCAACAGCUCUUGGUGUGAGAUGGAGGGGCUCAAGCGCAGCAUUGGCUUGCUGAGGCGGAACGACCUGCAUUUGUCAACCCUCAUCACAGACAGACAUCGCCAGGUUGCCAAAUGGGUGAGAGAAGAGCUGUGCCCUGAAGGGACACAGCAUUAUUUUGAUGUCUGGCACAUUGGGAAAAGUCUGGGGAAGGCCUUGGAUACAGCCUCAAAAGACAGACAGUGUGAACAACUACAGUUGUGGAGGCCAGCCAUAGUAAACCACCUGUACUGGACUGCAGCCUCAACCCCUGAUGGCAAUCCAGCUGUGAUGGAGGCCAAAUGGAGAAGCUUGGUGAAUCACAUUCAGGACAUCCACGACCAUGACACCCCUGCCUUCUCCAGUUGCGCUCAUGCCCCUCUGGAGGGGGAUCAAUGA